AUGCUAAGUUCACGGAAGAUUAAGCUCGCAAAUAACCAGUUGAGGUUGAACAUUUCAGAUAUUGCAUUACCAGAUGUGCUUUCCUCUAUUGAUCUCCACUCAAAAAAACUUUAUGGGUCACUAUCAACACUUUUAAACACUAACAAAAUCAGAUUUCUGGAGCUUGUAGACAUCUUAAGCAAUCAAAUCAUAGUUGAGAUUUCAGAGUUCAGUGAAGGUUCAGGUUUGAAACUGCUGAACUUGGCAAGCAAUAAAAUCUCAGGUCAAAUCCCAGAUCCAGUCUCAAACCUGAUUGAACUAGAAAGGUUUGAUGUUUCAAGGAACCAGAUUAAGGGCACCAUCCCUGCAAGCUUAGGCCAAUUACCAAAGUUGCAAUGGCUCAACUUGUCCAUCAAUGCUCUUAGUGGCAAGGCAUCAAUUCUCUCAGUGGAUAAUAAUAAUAAUAAUAAUAAUAAUAAUAAUAAUAAUAAUCAUAUAUUAAUUCUACUUCCAUCCCCCUACGUUGAAAUGACCAAAACCAGCACUUCCCCUGAUAAUUCUGUCAAGAAUGACAAGAAGAAAAAGUCAAUCAUUCCAAAGAUUUUUGGUACGAAGUGGCGAAAUGGGAGAGACCCAGAUGACGAUAUAUUUGAACGAGAGGAAGUUGUUGUUGAGAUGGGAAAGAGGAUUAAAAACAGGAGGGCAGCCUUCUUGGAGGAGGCUCCUUAUUUUAUGAGAAAAAGUUUCUCAGAUAGGCAGUCAAAUUCGAGAAUUGAGGGGCUGAACCUCUGCAACUUUGAACGCCCAAUGGCCCAGACAACUGAAGUUCAAUAUUUCCGGAUAUUUGUUGGAACAUGGAACGUGGGAGGUAGGUGUCCUAAUAAUGGCAUAAACCUUGAAGAUUUCUUACAGGUUGAGGGCUCUUCAGACAUAUAUGUUUUGGGGUUUCAGGAAAUCGUUCCUUUAAAUGCAGGAAAUGUUUUAGUGAUCGAAGAUAAUGAACCAGCAGUAAAAUGGCUUGCCCUUAUAUGUCAAGCACUUAACAAACCACGUGAUUAUUCUAGCUUUUGUGAUAUGAGCCACAAAAACAGCAGCAACCACCACUCGAAGGAAUCGAAAUCCAAUGAAGGUCUAAACUUUCAGAAGCCAUCACUCAAAGUUCUGAGUAAAAAUUAUGGAGUGGAUAGCAGCCUUCUUAAGAUGUGCAAUUGCCCAUUGGAGUCGUCGCUCAUGGAAAGACGGAGGUUCAGAGACAUGAGCGAGAACAUAAUUCAGAGAACAGGAACGGAUGAUUGUUUGCGCAUCCGGUACAACACCCUAGGUGAUAAUGACCUACUUUCAGUUCCACGUGUAUCGCCAUCACCAAGCAAGGUGAAAUAUAGACUUAUAGCGAACAAGCAGAUGGUGGGUCUCUUCCUUUCCAUCUGGGUGAGGAACGAUCUGGUUCGGCAUAUCGGUCAUCUCAGAAUAUCUUGUCUAGGAACAGGGAUCAUGGGCUGCCUCGGCAACAAGGGUUGUAUCUCGAUAAGCUUGUCACUGCACCAAACGAGCUUUUGCUUCGUAUGCAGUCACUUGGCUUCAGGAGAGAAGGAGGGAGACGAACUCCGAAGGAACUCUAAUGUGGAUGAGAUCCUUAAGAACACACAAUUCCCCAAGAUUUGCAAGAAUCCAAGUCGUAGAAUCCCUGAAAGAAUCAUUGAUCAUGAUCGAGUAAUUUGGCUUGGAGAUUUAAACUACCGGAUGACCCUAAGCUAUGAGGAAACAAAGAGCCUGAUGGAGGGCAACGAUUGGGAUGCCCUCUUAGAGAAGGACCAGUUGAACAUUGAGAGAGAAGCAGGGAGAGUAUUUUCAGGGUGGAACGAGGGAAGGAUAUUCUUUGCCCCUACUUACAAAUACUCCUUGAACUCGGAUUCUUAUGCUGGGGAAAGCGUUAAAUCAAAGAAGAAACGUAGGACUCCUUCAUGGUGUGAUCGGAUACUGUGGUACGGCAAUGGCUUGGAACAAUUAUCAUACAUUCGUGGGGAAUCAAGGCUCUCAGAUCAUAGGCCAGUAUGUGCAGUCUUCCUAGCAGAAGUGGAGAUGAAAAGCAUACCCACCAACAAGUUCAGGAAGGGAUUCUCGACGGCCGCUUCGAGAUUGGAAUUUCACGACGUAAUACCUCAGAGGCACAGCUUCUAUGAGUACUAA